AUGCGUACUCUUCAUACGCUUCUCCUAGCAUGGAUCUUCAUAGGCCCUGCAGUCGGCCACUACCUUUCCCAACGCAAAAGCUCCGACAUCGACAUCUCAACUUCACCCGCCAGCGUCUUGGACAGCUCCUUACAUGCCCCGCGCGCCGACACCAUGAGUCCCACCGACUUGAGCUGGGUUAAGAUUUGGGCAGCCCUCGGGGACAGUUUCACAGCAGGAAUCGGUGCCGGCCAAUUAUACACCAUGAGCGACGCAGACGUGGAAUGCUCUCGGUAUGACCAGUCUUGGCCUUCGGUUCUGGAACAACGAUUUGGUAGUCAGCGGUAUUUCAACUAUUCUGCCUGUAGCGGAGCUCGCACUGAGGGCAUAUAUAAGCAAGCUGUGGAUCUGCGGCCGGCCGUGGACCUUGUUGUUAUGACUGCUGGUGGCAAUGACCUUUGUUUGUCUAAAAUCAUUACCACUUGCAUUCUCUACCCCUUUCAACCUGAAGAAGCAUGUGAAAGUCUCAUCGAGCUAGCGCAGGACCACGUCGACACAAUACUGAAGCCAAACAUACGCGAUAUCCUUACCGAGCUCAACAAAAAAAUCAAGAAAGACGGUAUCCUCGUGUACGCUCUCUAUGCACAAUAUUUCAACACCGAAAACGAAGACUGCGCAGAGAAACACGAUUGGGCGUUCCCGAGUGUCCCAGGUACGAAUGCGCUCCCGCUCACGGUUGAACGGCGUAAAAAAUUCAACAAGCUUGUCAGGGACAUCAAUAACGCCAUUAAGGAGGUCGUGGACGAAUACAAAUCAAACCCCAAGAUUGGGUACCGCAUCACAACCGCGGACUGGGAUAUAUGGCCUCACCAGGCUGUCGUGGGCCAGUUUUGCGUCCCUGGAACGGGGCGUGAUUAUCCAGAUGAGGAUCAACCUGAAUUACAUUUCUUUCGGCCCAGCCUCGGGUCUAAAGAGCCCGGUGAGCAUGAUGAUCUCAAGAGGCGAGAUUUCAUGUCUCGUGGAACAGUCAAUGAGACUGAAGCCCAGCAAUACGAGGCUGAAAUAUACAACUCGAUGUUUUACAGCUCUAUAAAUCCAGCUGCGGAAGCCAAGGGAAGUCUGGAGCGUCGAGUUCCCUUUCCCCCCCACUGCCCGGGUGACGACAGCUGGACCUAUGGACUGGGGCUGCCAGAUAGGUGGGGGAAAUGGUUUCAUCCAAACGAACUCGGCCAUCGCACGAUAGCUUCGUUUGUGCUAGAGGCGAUAUUUGCUGAACGGGCCGAAAUCCUAGGGGUCGCGAACGAAGCCUGCAGUAAAAAAAACCAGCUUGACUGUUACGACCACGAGGUCACGGGGAGCCGUUACGUCGCAGCAGACACGAUGGACAGGACGUACAAGGAAUAUUGCGAAAAUGUGAUUCUCCGGGGCAACAGCGACGAACGCGUUUUCUAUGAUAACACACCCGACGGCCAUAGGUACUACAUUUUCAGAAGCGACAGCUCAAGCGAAUUCUCCGUGGAGAAUUGCAAAUCGGCUUUUAAAAAUCUGGUUCAUGGCUGCUGGUCUGGCAGCCCGAUGAACUGGAAGAUGGGCGGUAGUUAUACUGAGGGGGGGUUCAUAUAUAUCGUCAUGCCGAGGGGGAACAAGAGGCCAUGGCCCAUGAUCGAAGAGCCUGACGGCGAAUGCUUUGCCUACAUGGGUUUCAGCGAAGCCUUCUUUACCUUGCGUGGUGUUGGAUGGGCGUCUUGGGAUCGUGGGAGAGAGACCCUCUAUAAGGCUAUCUCUCACUGUACUGGCACCGAUAUCGAAAAUAGUCAGUGGAGGUGGGAGUACUUCGAUGAUCUGCAGGAUGGGAUGGAGUGGCAAGUGAGAUUCACGUUGCAGCAGGGCCACUUUUACUGCUUCGACCAUAACAAUGUUCAGGCUGCGGCUGGGGGUUUUACCCAUGGAUGUAGCGCCAGGUACGCGAGAUGA